AUGGCCCGCGUCACCUCGCCCCGGCCCUCGAGCCGCCACAACGUCACAGACCAGCCCAGGAAGCUGUUCAUCCGCAUCUCCGCCGACAAGAUGCGCUGGUACAAGAACCAGGAGGCACGCGAGCGCGAGGCGUCCCGGCCCUCGACCUCUUCCUCUCCGUCCACAUCACCCCGGCGGCUACGCAUCAGCCUGAAGCGCCGCGAAUCCUCAUGA